UAAACCCUCAAUGCACAUGCUCUCAGCUUCCUUAUCACAGACGUUAAUUUUCAUAAAUUACGUGCUCAUGUAACAAAAUACUUUUCUAGUCCCUCUCCAUCGCCUAUGAAAUUCCUUUAUGUCAUUUUCAGAGUCACAUUUGAAAUUUCAACAUUACGUGUGAACAAAGAAAAUAUAAUUGACUUUUGGCAUUGAUUUAUUUUGCGAUCUAGUUCUAUGACCGUAUUUACAAGUUUAAGGACCCCAAAAGUUUGACGAAUUCAACAUUACAAAUUUCGGAGAGAGUUCGAUUUGCUUUUAAACUUGUAAGAAACGGACAAGCUAUGUUUGACGUGGUCUGAAUAUAUUUUUAUAUUUUGGAAUUUUUCCUCGCGAACCCCUUUUCCGGUUCGAAAUGUUAUCAUCUCUACGAAUGAGAUUCAGCGACGUGUUUUUUUUUUGGUGACAGUUUUAAGAAAUGAGAAUUGCUACAAUUUUCUACCAAGCUAUGUUUACUACGUUUGACUCAACUAAUACUGAAAAAGACUCUACGUAGGAGAGACGCUGAUGUAUUGCCAAUAUAGUAUUGGUGUUAUUCUAACUAAUUUCUCUUAAAACAAACCCUAGUUUUGGUUCCUUUAUUAAAAAAUGUGCAUAGUUUUUAAAAAUAUUCAUCUCUUAAAAAAAUUGUUUAAAAAAUGUGCAUGUUUGAAGUUUUCUAUGUAAAUUUUAUUAAUUAAUAGUGGUAAAUUGUAAACUUUCAAAAAAUCAAUUGUACUUUUUGAAAUGCUAUUAGUUUAAAAUUAUGGGAAAAAACUAAUUCUGAAAACAAUACAUUUAAUCAAAUUUUAUUAUGCUUUCUUAAUACUAUGUGAAACAUAAAAACAUAGGUCUUUUAGAAACAUAUAGUAAUUUACAGUUCUUAGACAUGUAUCUAUAAUCCUAAGAAAUCCCAAAAAAUAAUUUCAAUAGAAAAAUGUUCCACAUCUAAAAGAGUGCUUUUCUAAACACAAAAUAAAGUUUUCUAAAUACAAAAAGAAUUUUUCUAAAUAUAAAAGAGAAUAAUGUACCAAUAUUUAUAUCACUAUUAGAAAUGCUAAACUCUAUAUGAAUGAAAAAUCUCUCCAAAACUCUUUAUCCCAUUAUUCUUUAGGGAACCACUUUGGUUCUCACAACGGCCAACAAGGUAUAAAUCAAAGCAUUGCUUCAAUUUCUCCCAUAAUAGGUUUGGCCAACAUGUAUGCAUGUCUCGACAUAUAUACCUUCUGCAAUAAGUUUUCUAAUGAAGCCGUAAACUCCAUGAUCUUAUGAAAUCCUACAACUAUUUGCUUUGUCCUAGUAUGACAUUCCGGCUAUCAAAUGUACAUGAACACCACCUUGACCAAAACACAACCUACAAGUCCCUCAAUCUAGAUGACUUCAAUUGUUUCCCUCCCACUACCAUGCAUUUAGCUUUUGUAGUAGACAUUGUAACAACAAAUUAUCCUACAAGUUUAAUAUAUACCUUAAGGUAAGAGAAGUAAUUAAAGUGGAGAGUUGAGAAAAUAAGUAAUGGAUAGGUUUUAUCAUUGAAGGGGGACAAAACAUAUGGACUCUCCCUUCCACUUUCAUAGGUAUAUUUUUCUCUAUACUAUACUGAAGCACUCAUACGAGAAUAAUUAGGAUACGAAAAACUAAAAGGCCAUUUAUCUAUCAUAUUCUUAUAAAAUGAGUUCAUAUAUAUUUAUUAAGUUUUAGCGCUGCCGUAUAUAUUGUAGUCACUGGACAAAGAAUUAGACAUCAAUUCCUCUCUAUUUCAUCAUAAAUAAAAUAGGUCCGAGAUUUUUCUUAUUCAGUUCUACGACCGUAUAUAAAAAGGCCAAUAUCAGUUUUUUUCCCUUUUUGUUUUAAAUGAAUGGGAAAUUUUCGGUUCAUAGGUUCGUACAUUUCCAUAAGACACAAGACUUUGACUAUAUAAUUUAAUUCCAUGUUGGUAAAGAGACCCUUUCCAAUGGAUUUGAACAUGCAACAUUCAGAGGCCAAUUAAAAAUUCCAAGAGUAUAUAUAAACUCAUAUUUAAUAACUGAUACUAGUUUGACAAAUUCAAACACUACAAAUUUAGGAAAACUGCAAGUUUCUUUUUUACUGUUUAAUCAGGUAAGAAAGGUACAUGUUUAUAUUUGACUUCUUCAUGUUUUUUUUUUGUUGCAUUUUUUCUCGCCAAACCUUUUUCUGAUUGGCUCCAAAUUGUAUCGUCUCUACAAAGGAGAUUCUAUGACGUAUUCUUUCUUGAGGUCACGUGAUAAUUACAGAAUCACAAUGUACAUGUACCAAAAACCAUAUAAUACGUUUGACUCAACCAAGAUUAUAAACGAGUCAACAUAGGCCACUGAUUGGUGUAUUGAUGGUCCACAUAACUACCAGCGGAAAAAAAUAGUACUAAUAGCUGCUUUGUGAACUUAAUUACCCAAAAUUAUAAUCUUGAAAAUGAAAUUAAAGAAUUUCUUCCAAAUCUUCUGGUUUGUCCUUGUAGGUUUUAUUGUUGUGUCUGCACAAGAAUGUGGGCGAACUGGUUCUUUUAUUCCCGGUGAUGGGUACGACACAAACCGGGGCCUUAUCCUCUCUUCUCUUGCUUCUGACGUUUCAGCUAGAGGCGGCUUCUUCAAUGGUUCAAUAGGCCAAGGCCCUGAUCGAGUUUAUGCUCUAGGGAUGUGCAUCCAAGGUGCUGAACCAGAUGUUUGCUCCAAAUGUAUUGAUCAUGCGUCUAAUGUGUUAUUAGACAGGUGUCCCAACCAGACAGAAGGCCUCAACUGGCCGGAAGUACGGAUCUUAUGUAUGGUACGAUACUCCAACCGUUCGUUUUUUGGAUCGCUCAAGGCAGAACCACAUUUUCAUUCCCCCAAUCAAGACGAUAUCAGGUACAACUCAACAGUGUUUGAUCAAGUGUGGGGAGACCUAGCACGUCGUAUGAUAGCCAGUGCCACUUUACCUUCAUCGAAACGCAAGUACUACGCAGCUGACAUAGCAUCUUUGUCCCUGACAUCUUUCCAGAUUAUAUAUGCGUUAAUGCAAUGCACUCCGGACUUAUCUCUGGAGGAUUGCAAUAUCUGUUUAACACAAAGUGUUUCUAACUAUGAAUCAUGCUGCUAUGGGAAACAAGGUGGCAUUGUUUACCGGGCCAGCUGUGUUUUUCGGUGGGAACUAUAUCCCUUCUCUGAAGCUUUUAGCGGUAUUACGUUGGAACCUCCGCCUGAAGCCCCAGCAGGAAACGUGACCAAUAAGAAAGGUGAGUCUUCGAGUAGCAAAACUAUAAGCACAUGUGUAGUGUGUAUCAUUCAUAAUUCAUUAAAUCCUUCAGACAUUCGGGAUUGUGCAGGUAGCGAGACAAUCUCAAUAGGAAUCUUCAAGGCAAUUGUUAUUCAAACUGCCAUUAUUAUUAUUUUCUUGGUACUGCUUGCGCUAGGAUUUUUUAUAUAUAGGAGGAGAAAGUCAUGCCGAGCAUUAGGUUCCCAAGGAUCAAGUACUGAGAUCCCGGUUAUACACUCAUUACAAUACGAUUUCAAAGCCAUUGAAGCUGCAACAAAUAAAUUUUCAGAGAGAAACUUAAUUGGCCAAGGUGGAUUUGGAGAUGUUUUCAAGGCUGUUCUUAACGGAAGGGAAGUUGCAGUUAAGAGGCUUUCAAAAACAUCAGGACAAGGUGGAAGAGAGUUCAAGAAUGAGGCUGUUCUCGUGGCAAAGCUUCAACACAGAAACCUGGUUCGGCUCUUUGGAUUUUGUGUGCAAGAAGAUGAAAAGAUACUUGUCUAUGAGUUUGUGCCUAACAAAAGCCUCGAUUACUUCCUUUUUGACCCUUCUUCAAUACAGGGUCAGCUGAACUGGAAAACGCGAUAUAAUAUUAUCGGGGGAAUUGCUCGAGGAGUUCUGUAUCUUCAUCAAGACUCACGGCUCAGAGUAAUACACCGAGAUCUCAAAGCCAGCAACAUUCUCUUAAGUGCCAAUAUGAACCCAAAAAUUUCAGACUUUGGAUUGGCGACUAUUUUUAGAAUGGAGCAAACUCGAGGCAACACCAACAGAAUUGCUGGCACUUACGCUUACAUGUCUCCUGAGUAUGCGAUGCAUGGUCAAUUCUCCAUGAAAUCUGACAUAUACAGCUUUGGAGUCUUAGUUCUCGAAAUUAUAAGCGGAAAGAAAAACAGUGGUGUCUACCAGAUGGAUGAAACUAGUACUGCUGGAAACUUGGUCACUUAUGCAUGGAGGCUUUGGAUAAACGGGUCACCAUUAGAACUGGUGGAUCCAGCUAUUGGAAGGAAUUAUCAGAGUAAUGAAGUCACUAGAUGCAUCCAUAUCGCACUCUUAUGUAUUCAAGAAAAUCCAGAUGACCGUCCUUUGUUAUCAAACAUCAUCUUGAUGCUCGGUAGUAACACAAGCACUCUACCGGCUCCUUGCUUACCGGGGUCUUUCCCACGAAGCAGGCAAGAACUGGUCCACGUAUCUGAGGGAUUAGAAUCAAAUGAAUCUACGGGAAGACCUACUACUUAUUCAUUUAAUGACGUGUCGAUUACCGAUUUAGAGCCUCGUUGAAGACGUAAAUAUGGUUUGUGUAAAUUUGGACUGGAGCUUCUACUGUAGUUUCCGUGUUCUGUUACCUCUACUGUGUUAUUUUGUAUAACUAACUAACUAUGUGUUUUGUUUUACUACACUUUUACUGAACUUAGAAAGUUGGUUUUUUGAUAAAAAAAAAAAAGAAAGUUGGUUUAUUUACUAAACCGGUGUCAUAUAAACCGUAUAACUAACUAAAUAUGUGUUCUGUUUUACUACACUUUAACCGAGCUUAGAAAGUUGGUUUAUUUACUAAACCGAUGUCAUA